AUGUCAGACCAUCGAAAUGGAAGUGCACAAGCUGCCAAUGGAAAAUCUAGUGCAGCUGCAAAUAUCUGGGGCUCUUCUGAUGCAGUUGCUGUCGCAUGUCCUCCACCUUCAGAAGAUCUAAGAUACCUGAAAUCUACUGCUCUAUUCUUGUGGCUCCUUGGAUUUGAGUUCCCGGAAACAAUUAUGGUUUUCACAAAGGCGCAGAUCCACAUAUUGUGCAGCCAAAAGAAGGCAUCUAUUAUUGAAUCUGUCAAAAAAUCUGCCAGAGAGUCAGUUGGUGUGGAGAUUGUAUUGCACGUCAAGCCUAAAAAUGAUGAUGGAGCUUCUCUUAUGGAAGCUAUUAACCGUGCGCAUCCGCUACUGUCAACGACCUUGGCUAGUAACUUUCGUUUUCUACACGCUUGGCUGGGGGUAGACCAAACUCCAUGGGUGAAGGCACUGUCAUGUCAGGUAUCAUCAGGACUUUAA